AUAAUAGGGAUAUAUGACGUGCCCUGUUGAGAAAGUGCAUGACCUGUGCUGAAGUCUCUCCUGCUGAAGACUAUGGAGGAAAUAAACAGAACCCCCCGGGAUGCCUUACUUCUCUUUGUAAAUGGCAAAAAGAUCAUUGAAAAGAAUGCAGAGCCUGAGAUGACACUGCUGAUCUUUCUCAGGAGAAAGUUAGGUUUAACAGGAACCAAACUGGGAUGUGCUGAAGGUGGAUGUGGUGCCUGCACCGUGAUGGUUUCCAAGUUCUAUCCACAAAAGAACAAGAUUGUUCAUCAUGCUAUAAAUGCAUGUCUGGCGCCUUUAUGCUCAAUGCAUCUCUGUGCAGUCACUACAGUGGAGGGGAUCGGCAGUGUGGCCAAAAAACUUCAUCCAGUUCAGGAACGGAUUGCAAAGGCUCAUGGAUCCCAGUGUGGCUUUUGCACUCCAGGGUUUGUCAUGUCCAUGUACGCUCUUCUGAGAAACAACUACCAGCCUACAGUGCAAGAAAUCGAGGAGGCCUUUCAAGGUAAUCUGUGCCGUUGCACUGGGUACAGACCUAUACUGGAGGGCUACAAGACCUUUACUAAGAAUGGAGGAUGCUGUGGAGCAAAAGGAAAAUCUGAAGGGUGCUGCUUGAACAUAAUGAAGGAAGAUCCAAAACACUCAGUUCAACUGUUUGACCCAUUAGAAUUUAUGCCACUGGACCCAACCCAAGAGAUCAUUUUCCCUCCAGAACUGAUGAGUCUUUCCAAGCACCCACCACAACAGCUGAGAUUUCUUGGGGAAAGAGUUUUAUGGAUUCAGCCCAGCACCCUGAAGGAACUCCUGGAGCUAAAAGCUUUGUAUCCUAAAGCCAAGCUGGUCAUGGGGAACACUGAAGUUGGAAUUGAGAUGAAAUUCAAGAACUUCCUGUUCCCUGUAAUAUUGGCACCAAGCUACAUCCAGGAACUCAACAACAUCCAGUACACUGAGACUGGGAUUGAGGUUGGAGCCGCUGUGACAUUGAGUGUGUUGAAGGAAGAGCUUUGGGAAAUGGUAAAGAAUUUACCCAACCACAAAACGGAGGUUUUCCGGGCCGUACUCGAGCAGCUUCACUGGUUUGCAGGACAGCAGAUUCGAAAUGUUGCAGCGAUUGGUGGAAAUAUCAUGACAGCAAGUCCUAUCUCAGACCUUAACCCUGUGUUCAUAGCCGUGGGUUCGAAGCUAACUCUGAUGUCCAAAGAGGGCAAACGUGUGCUUGAGAUGGAUGACAAGUUUUUCACAGGCUACAGAAAAACUGCUUUGAAAGCAGAGGAAAUUUUGUUGUCUAUUGAGAUUCCAUACACAAAAAAGGGCCAAUAUUGCUCAGCCUUUAAGCAGUCGCUUCGGAAAGAGGACGAUAUCGCUAUUGUCACCUGUGGGAUGAAUGUCCUUUUCAAAGAGGGCUCCAACGUAGUGCAGGACAUCCGACUCAGUUAUGGUGGAAUGGCCCCUGUAACUGUACUCGCCACAACAACAUGCGUCCGACUUAUCGGCAGGCAGUGGAAUGAAGAGCUGAUGCAGGAUGCCUGCUGUUUAUUAGCUGAAGAGAUGGCGCUGUCUCCCUCUGCACCAGGUGGGAUGGUGGCAUAUAGACGCACCCUGACCAUCAGCUUGUUCUUCAAAUUCUACCUUACUGUAAAGCACAAACUAGCUCAGGAGUACCUCUCGGUGGAGGAUGUCCAGCCAGAUUAUACUACUGCUAUUGAAAUUAGUCACCGGGAUUCUCCAACAAGUGUUCAGCUUUACCAGGUAGUCCCUGCUGGUCAGAACCCAGUUGAUGUGGUGGGUCGUCCUGUUAUGCACCUGUCAGCUCUGAAGCAGGCCACAGGAGAGGCCGUUUACUGUGACGAUAUUCCUCACUUUGAGAACGAGCUCUGUUUGGCGCUUGUGACCAGCACUAAAGCUCAUGCUUAUAUUAGAUCUAUUGACACUGAUGAUGCCAUGGCACUUCCAGGAGUGGUUCUAUUCGUCUCUGCCAAAGACAUCCCUGGCAGCAAUAAAACUGGACCUGUUGUUUAUGAUGAAACUGUCUUCGCUGAAGACAAGGUCACAUAUGUGGGUCACAUUGUGGGAGCCAUUGUAGCAGACACACAAGUCCAUGCCCAGAGAGCAGCCAAAGCUGUGAAAAUAUCAUAUGAGGAAUGCCAGCCUGUGAUCAUCACCAUUCAGGAUGCCAUUGCCAACGAGUCCUUCUUCCAGCCUGUGAGAACUAUAGAGAAAGGAGAUCUUGUGCAGGGCUUUCAGGAGUCUGAUACCAUCAUACAAGGUGAAAUGCACAUAGGGGGACAGGAACAUUUUUACUUGGAGACAAACUGCACACUGGCUGUCCCUCGAGGAGAAGAUGAAAUGGAACUGUUCGUGUCCACACAGGCAGCCACAAAAACACAAGCUCUUGUGGCCAAAGCAUUAGGAGUCCCAUUCAGUCAUGUUGUGUGUCGAGUUAAGAGAAUGGGAGGAGGAUUCGGAGGGAAAGAGAGCCGCAGCACUAUGCUCUCAUCAGUCGUGGCUGUUGCUGCUUAUAAAGUCAAAAGGCCAGUCCGGUGCAUGCUGGACCGUGAUGAGGACAUGCUGGUUACUGGAGGCCGGCACCCAUUUUUUGGACGUUACAAGGUUGGAUUCAAGAAGGAUGGAAAAGUCAUGGCUCUUGAGGUAACCUACUACAGCAAUGCAGGAAAUUCAAUGGACCUUUCUCUGUCUAUCAUGGAACGAGCAGUCUUCCAUAUGGACAACUGUUAUAACAUCCCUCACAUCCGUGGGACAGGAUACAUAUGUAAAACGAAUCUGCCUUCCAACACUGCAUUCCGUGGCUUCGGUGGGCCUCAGGGGAUGAUGGUGGCAGAGAGUUGGAUAAGUGAUGUGGCAUUGUCUUGUGGUCUUCCUGCUGAACAGGUGAGGAAGUUAAACUUGUAUAAGCAGGGGGACUACACCCCCUUUAACCAGUGUCUGGACCAGUUCACUAUACAUCGUUGUUGGGAGGAGUGUAUAACCAUCUCAGACUUCUACCAACGGAAAGCCAAGGUGGAACAGUAUAACAAACAGAAUCGCUGGACCAAAAGAGGCUUGUCCAUCAUUCCAACUAAGUUUGGCAUCAGUUUCACCGCAGUCUUCCUAAACCAGGCAGGAGCACUGGUUCAUAUCUAUACAGACGGCUCAGUCCUUCUCACCCAUGGUGGAACUGAAAUGGGACAAGGACUGCACACUAAAAUGGUCCAGGUUGCCAGUCGUACUUUGGGAAUCCCCACCACAAAGAUUCACAUCAGCGAGACCAGCACUAACACAGUCCCAAACACAAGCCCUACUGCUGCAUCUGCCGCAUCGGACCUCAAUGGCAUGGCUGUCUUUAACGCAUGCCAGACGCUAAUACAGAGACUGGAGCCAUACAAAGCCAAGGAUCCAAAAGGAAGCUGGGAGGACUGGGUGAAAGCAGCUUACUUUGACCGGGUGAACUUAUCAGCCAAUGGGUUUUAUAAGACCCCAGAUAUCGGUUAUGACUUUGAAACGAAUUCCGGCCGCCCAUUUAACUACUUCUCUUACGGUGUAGCGGUCUCAGUGGUGGAAAUAGACUGUCUGACUGGCAGUCACAAGAACUUGCAUACAUCAAUUGUCAUGGAUGUUGGCAAAAGUCUGAACCCAGCCCUGGACAUUGGUCAGGUGGAGGGUGCGUUCAUGCAGGGCGUGGGACUUUUUACACUCGAGGAGUUACGAUACUCUCCCCAAGGGAACCUGUACACUCGUGGACCUGGGAUGUAUAAGAUUCCUGCAUUUGGAGACAUUCCAACUGAACUGAAGGUCUCACUACUUAGAGAUUCCCCGAACGAAAAAGCAAUCUUCUCUUCCAAGGCAGUUGGGGAGCCCCCACUCUUCCUGGCAGCUUCGGUUUUCUAUGCUAUCAAAGAUGCUAUUACAGCAGCUAGGGCUGAGUCUGGCCUUACAGGACCGUUUAGAUUGGACAGCCCCGCUACACCAGAGAAAAUACGCAACGCUUGUGAGGACAGAUUCACCAAGCUUUGUCCUCCUCCAGAGGCGGGAACGUAUACACCGUGGGACGUGAAGGUGUGAGACGCAGAAGUCCUAAAAUUGCGGAGUUUACUGCUGUCUCGCUAUUCAUUGUUCACUGGUUACAUCUGAAUGCAAAAACUCUUGUAAGAUCACUGACGAUCAAAAAUCGAAUUUUGUUUUAAUUUUGUAUUGAGCAAUCGAGAAGAUUUACAGUACGUUUUUCAAUGCUUCCUAAAUUGUUUAUCUUUUAAAAAAAU